CAGAGGCCGGAAGUCGAAAGUCGAGCCGGUCCGGCCGUCGGGGCUCACGGGAGCUGCUGGCUGGUCCCGCAGCUGCGUGCGGUGGAACCCAGGGCGCGCCGCGAUGCCGAGCCCGCGGCUUUUGGUGCUCUUCGGCAGCCAGACCGGCACGGCCCAGGAUGUGUCGGAGAGGCUGGGCCGCGAGGCCCGGCGCCGGCGUCUUGGGUGCCGGGUGCAGGCCCUGGAUUCCUACCCUGUGGUGAAUCUGAUUAAUGAGCCCCUGGUGAUAUUUGUUUGUGCAACUACAGGCCAAGGAGACCCCCCUGACAACAUGAAGGAUUUCUGGAGGUUCAUAUUCCGGAAGCACCUGCCUUCAACCUCCCUCUGUCAGGUGGACUUUGCUGUCCUGGGCCUCGGGGACUCCUCUUACGCCAAGUUCAAUUUCGUGGCCAAGAAGCUGCACCGACGGCUGCUGCAGCUUGGGGGCAGCGCCCUCCUGCCUGUGUGCCUCGGUGAUGACCAGCAUGAGCUAGGGCCGGAUGCCGCCAUUGACCCCUGGUUGCGCGACCUGUGGGAGAAGGUGCUGGGGCUGUACCCUGUGCCCCUCGACCUUGGCACAAUUCCCCCCGGAGUCCUUUUGCCCUCCAGGUUUGCCCUGCAGUUCCUUCCAGAGGCCCCCAGGAAGUGCCCUGAGGAGCAGCAAUCAGCUGGGACAGACCCUCAGGGUCCCCCUUCAGAACUGCUGCCCUUCUUGGCACCCAUGGUGACCAACCAGAGGAUCACUGGCCCCUCUCACUUCCAGGACGUUCGACUCAUCGAGUUUGACAUCACAGGCUCUGGAAUGAGCUUUGUAGCUGGUGACGUGGUGCUGAUCCAGCCCAAGAACUCGGCCGGCCACGUCCAGCAGUUCUGCCAGGCACUGGGCCUGGACCCAGAUCGGUGCUUCACACUGCUGCCUCAGGAGCUAGGUGUGACCUGCCCUGAGCGGCUGCCCCAGCCCUGCUCUGUGCAGCACCUCGUGUCCCGGUAUUUGGACAUCACCAGGGUGCCCCGCCGCUCCUUCUUUGAGCUCCUGGCCUGUCUCUCCCCCCACGAGCUGGAGCGGGAGAAGCUGCUGGAAUUCAGUUCUGCCGAAGGCCAGGAGGCGCUGCAUGACUACUGCAACCGGCCCCGCAGGACGGUCCUGGAGGUGCUGUGCGACUUCCCACACACAGCUAGAGCCAUCCCUGCAGACUACCUGUUGGACCUCAUCCCCCCGAUCCGGCCACGGGCCUUCUCCAUCGCAUCUUCUCUGCUGGCUCAUCCCUCGAGACUGCAGAUCCUUGUGGCCGUGGUACAGUACCAGACACGCCUCAAGGAGCCACGCAGGGGCCUCUGCUCCUCCUGGCUGGCAUCUCUGGACCCUGGGCAAGGACCUGUCCGGGUGCCCCUGUGGGUGCGGCCUGGGGGCCUGACGUUCCCAGAGACACAGGACACACCCGUGAUCAUGGUGGGACCUGGCACUGGCGUGGCCCCCUUCAGAGCUGCUGUCCAGGAGCGAGUGGCCCAGGGUCAGACCAGAAAUGUUCUGUUCUUCGGCUGCCGCCAGCGGGACCAGGACUUCUACUGGGAGGCUGAGUGGAAGGGGCUGGAGGAGAGGGGCUGCCUGACUCUCCUCACGGCCUUCUCCCGGGAGCAGGAGCAGAAGGUGUAUGUGCAGCACCGGCUCCGGGAGCUUGGGCCACUGGUGUGGGAGCUGCUGGACCGCCAGGGUGCCCACUUCUACCUGGCAGGCAAUGCCCAGCGCAUGCCAGCGGAUGUGUCAGACGCUCUGGUGUCCAUCUUCCAGGAGGAGGGCGGGCUUUCCAGCUCCGACGCAGCCGCCCUCCUUGCCAGGCUCCAGCAGGCUCUGCGUUUCCAGACUGAGACGUGGGCCUGAGGAUCCGUCCUGCCAGCCGGUCACUCUGACCACUGCCCUCUGAGGGGCCAAUGCCCCUUCCUCCCCUCCCUGUCUCACCCCAGGCAGGAGGAUGGCCAGCUGCCCUGCACAGCUGCAUUCCAGUCGCCGCAGCCCACGCUCAGUGCUGACGAUGCCCAUCCACCACCCCACCCCACCCACAACCAGGCUUCUGCUUCUGCUGGCCUUUCCCUGCUGGCCCUGACUUGGGUCUUAGUCAGGGUGGUGACCUGGGCUGCCCCACCCUGUGCAGGCACGGUGACCCAGGAAGGCACUGGCAGCCUGAUGGGCUUCAGCGGCCCCCAGACAGUUUCCAAACAGUUUAAGCACUUGGGUAGACGGGGCCUGGUAGCUCUUCAAGGUGGUGCAGAGCCCCUGGGAGGGCCAAAUGCCUCAUUCUCUGCCCUGGGGAACGUCAGGUGCACAGUCACCCUCUGCCACAUCUCUGUGCCAUGCUCCCAGUGCCCGCUGGCAUCUUAGGGCACCACCAGGCCCAGGCCAGGGCUAAAAUGCAGCGAGGACCCUGCAGAGCAGGAGACCCAGCCUCGCACACCUUUCUCGCAUGUGUCCAGGAAGCCUUAGCAAUAAAUUCCGGGGCCCAGCUG